AUGUUACGUCUGCUGGCUCGAGCUGCUAAUGUUGAGACUACUCAGAAAAAGCCGGAAUCAGCUAGCAAAUGCUUUGUUGAACCACGCUCGGUUGACGAAAGUCGUGCUCUAAGGGUCAUCAUCAUUGGAUCAGGUAUUUCCGGGAUCAUCUCUUCCAUCCGAUUCAGACAACGAAUUCCCAAUGUGAACAUUUGUGUCUAUGAGAAGAAUUCAGACAUCGGAGGGACCUGGUAUGAAAACAGAUACCCGGGCUGUGCAUGCGAUAUCCCCGCCCACACCUAUCAAGCUACAUUUGAACCAAAUAAGGAGUGGUCAACCUUCUAUGCCUCAGCCCCUGAGAUCCAUCAAUACUGGAAACGGGUGGCACACAAAUAUGAUUGCAUGAAGUAUGUCAAGCUCAAUCAUGAAGUCGGCGAGGCGGUGUGGGAUGAGCAAAAAAGCAAGUGGCAGUUGCAGAUUCGAGACAUCAACGGCGGUUCAACAUUUUCAGACCAGUGCGAUGUACUUAUCUCAGCCACUGGGGCUCUAAACAAUUGGAAAUGGCCCAACAUCCCUGGUCUCCAUGAUUUCAAAGGAAAGCUUUUGCACAGUGCUUCUUGGGACCAGAGCUAUGAUUAUAGCGGUAAGAAAGUCGCGGUGAUCGGGAACGGUUCUAGUGGGAUCCAGAUUGUCCCUGCAAUGUUACCAAAAGUCGCACGUCUUGACCAUUAUGUAAGAGGCCGGACAUGGAUCGCGCCCACAUUCGCUCGUGAUGAGAUCGAUAAACGGGACGUUGAGAUAGAGAAUUUCUCGUUCACUCCGGAGGAAAUCGAAACAUUCAAGAAGGAUAAUCAAGCAUACCAACGAUUUCGCAAAGAGAUUGAACUCGAACUACAAUCCGUCCAUGGUACCACUAUUUUAGGUACACCGGAACAGGUCGAAGCCAGGGAAGUGUUCCUGGAGAAUAUGAAGCGGCGACUAUCGAGAAAACCGGAACUUUUAAGUGGUUUGGUGCCGUCUUUUCCUCCUGCCUGCCGCCGCUUGACACCCGGACCUGGCUACCUCGAAGCCUUGACGGAUGAUAAUGUGAGCAUUAUCAGCAGCACUAUUGUCCAAGUAGAUGCCGAUGGGAUCAUCACAGCCGAUGGAACACAUCAUCCCACUGAUGUUAUUGUUUGUGCCACCGGCUUCGACACUACAUUUUCACCGCGAUUCCCGAUAAUCGGACGUGAAGGCAUAUCUCUGGCAGACCGCUGGCAGAAGACUCCAGAGAAUUAUCUCUCGAUGAUGGUUGAUGGGUUCCCCAACUACUUCAUUAGCCUAGGGCCUAAUUCAGCACUCGGGGAAGGCAACCUCUUGCUCCUCAUCGAGAAGGCAAUAGAUUAUUUCACAUUUUGUGUCCAGAAGAUGCAACGAGACAAUAUACGAGCACUAGCGAUAAAGAAAGAGGCUGUCAAUCGGUUUACACAAUAUUGCGAUCAAUACUUUGCCCAAACAGUUUUCGGACAGAAGUGUCGCAGCUGGUACAAAGGGGGAGCCGAGGAUGGUAGGGUGGUAGCUCUGUGGCCUGGAUCUUCUCUUCAUUCGCUGAAAGUUUUUGCACAGCCUCGGUGGGAAGAUUUCGCGUAUGAGUAUGUGAACGAUAACCCGAACGGAUGGCUUGGGGAUGGAUGGACGGAAAAUGAAAAGAACAAAACAAUCCACGUCAACUACUUAGAUGACGAUCAAAUCGAUUUCCCGACACAAUUAUUGAAUGCUACCGCAGUGGAAGUGGGGGCGUGAUGGACGCAU